AUGACCGGCAUCCUGGCAAUUCUGCUAGCAUGCAAGCCCGAGGAAUUGAAACCUUACCUAUCUGACCUCGGAGGGACCAUCACCACCCUCUGCCAGCUCUGCAUAGCGAACAACGGCCACCUCCCCAUGUCCAUUCCUUCGUUCAAGAAGAAGGACUUGUUUGGUCCCCAUCUCCUGCAAAUCUGCCACGGCAGCCCCGGCAUCCUGACCCUCAUGGCCGCCGCCCUGAAGAAUCGGCCAUUGGCUGAGGCUUUCUGGCACCCUGAAUGGGAUCAGGCGAUCUACAUGGCUACUGAACGCACCUGGGAGGAAGGAUUAUUGUCCAAGGGAGGCAGUCUGUGCCACGGGAUUGCCGGCAACGCCUACCCAUGGCUGUUGCUGCAUGACUGCUAUGAAGAUUCAGAGUAUAUUAACAACCCUCGACAAGCGUACCUACGGCGCGAGAAGACAUCGACUCUCCCGGAUGUCUGUCGGACACUCACUGGGGACUUUUUCCUCUCUCGGGGGCUGGCUUUCUUGCUGCAUGCGCGCGACACCAGGCCAUACAAUACUGCGCCAGGGCCAUCCGACCGAGAUUAUCGUCCGCCUGAUGAUCCGUGGUCGCUGUUUGAGGGACUUCCGGGUACGGUGUGCGCGUGGGCCGAUGCCUGUGCUGUAGUUCAGGCGAGACUGCGCCAGAUGGAACUCGGUGUUUCGGCCUAUACAGAUCCUGCAUUCCAGGAAGCCAGGCGUAGUCAACUCGGAUUCCCGGGUUUGGGUGGAAAUGGGGUCAAGGGUGUGUUCUAA